AUGUAUGCUGUGACUAUUAGUGCUGAGGGUGACUAUUACCUCUGUGUUCCGCCCGACCCGGGCAUUGAGGCUGCUGCUCUAGGUGCUACUGAGUCUGCUGCUCCAGGUGCUGGUGAGUCUGCUCUCUCAGAACCUACCCCUACCUGCGUUCCUUGCGUCGAGGGGCGGCAGCGUGCCGCUCCUUACUCCUCCGAGUGCCCUCCGACGGAGGCUCCCCUGCAGACUCUUCACAUGGACAUGUGGGGCCCGGCCCGCGUCCGUGGACAGGGUCACGAGCGCUACUUUCUACUGGACGUUGACGACUACUCGCGUUACACCACAGUCUUCCCCUUGCGCCGCAAGGGUGAGGUCCCUGAGGUGCUGAUCGACUGGAUCCGCGCUGCCCGUCGUCAGCUCAGCGAGAGCUUCGGCUCGGACCUUCCUAUUCUGCGUCUGCACUCCGAUAGAGGUGGAGAGUUUUCCUCUGACCUUCUGCAAGCCUUCUGCCGUGCGGAGGGCAUCCGCCAGACGUUCAUGCGUCCGGCCUCUCCACAGCAAAAUGGGAUUGCUGAGCACCGCAUUGGCAUCAUCCAUGCGGUUGCUCCCGAUUUUCUGAGGCCGUUCGCGGUUCAGUACGCGGCGCAUCAAAUCAACCUCAAGCCCCGAGUCUCCAUCCCGGAGACCACACCUACUCUGCGGUGGUCGGGGAAGUUUGGCGAUCUCGAGCUUUCGUCCGCGACUUGUCCUCCCCCGGUAGACCCCCUCCCUCCUCAGGAUCCUGCUCCCUCAGGUGUGUCCCAGGUAGACGUCGUCGAGCCUGUCGAGGUGUCUGUUGACUCUGGUGCUACUAGGGGUGCUGAACCUGCGGGUGUCGGGUUUGGGGGUGCUGAGCCUGAGUGUGCGGAGCCUGGGGGUGCUGAGCCUGGGGGUGCUGAGCCUGGGGUUACUGAGUCUGGGGGUGUAGAGCCUGGGGGUGCUGAACCUGCGCGUGUUGAGUCCGGAGGUGCUGGGCCUGGAGGUCCUUCGGGUGCUUCGUCCCGGCGGGAGCCACUCUCUCCUAAGCAGCUGCGUGAGUGGUUUGCUCGUCGCUGGAGCCAUGGUGCUAGAGCUGGUGGUGCUACGAGCGCUGGAGGUCCUACUGCUGCUGGUGCUGCUGGGGGUUCUGGAGCCAAUGGUCCCGGAGAUGCUCGUACUGGAGGUACUGGAACUGCUGGGCCGGGUGGUGCCGCUAAAGCUGGAGCUACUGGAGGUGCUGGCUCUGGCAGUGCUGCUGGAGGUGCUGAGGCUGGUGCUGCUGGAGCUGCUGGAGGUGCUGCUUGGCGUGGUGGUGCUCUUGGAGCUGCUGGAGGUGCUGCUGGAGUUGUUGGUGCUGCUGGAGGUGCUAGAGGUGCUGCUGGAGCUUGUGCUGCUGCUGGAGUUGGAGCUGCCACUGGGGUUGCUGGUGCUAUCCCUGCUGUCUGA